AUGUCAACGGAGACGUUUACGCAAAAGGCCAUGAUGAGUGCCGGCCUCUCGGGGCCGCACAAUUACCACUACCAGCAGCACCACCUGUACAACCCGGCCCCGAGGCUGUCCGCCCUGGUCCAGGCUAAGCAAGCCAAGUCCUCGUCGAGGCGAUCACCGACGGUGGCCCGGCAACACGCACGACAACGGCAACCGCAGCCAUUACAUCCCCUGACGACAAUGGUCGCCGUGGUUUUCGACUACUUUUUGAGGGGUGUCCUGGAUCUCACGAGACCGCCGAGAGAGCUGGUGAGCCUCAUUGUGAGGUGCGUCUUCACCAGCUUAAACUGGGCGUAUCACGCCCUGCCCAUGCCGCUUGCAGUGGGCAUGUUUUACUACGGAUUCCAAAGCGUCCCCGAUGGACUGCGCAGCGUCGAGGAGCUGCGGGUGAUCUACAGUUCGAAGCUCGACGGCGGAGCGAUCGCCGCGAGUGCAUUCGGUAUCGAAGGUCUCUACGGGCUGGGUGAGCUGGCCUUAGUGCGAUGGGGAGACCUGGGCGUGCUGUCGGCGUUUUACUGUCUUUCCAUGAUGACGGCGGCGUAUGCGGUCAUGGUGCUCAUAGAGAUGCGCGACUACAUCCUCGACACCUGGGCGCUCAUCGUCAACGAGGCUCUCGAGGUCAAGGCGCUGCUGCGAGCGGACGAAGCCUAG